GUCGCGCCGGGUAUUUAUUCGAGUCCAAUGUCUGGCCUGCACCUCAGCGUAUGGCUUGUCGUUCGGGACUGACGAUACUGCCUGCCUGCGAACUGCAAGAUGGUCUACAGACUCUUGCAACCUUCCGAGCGGUCUGCGGACCUGUGCUCUCUCGUGAGGCAUGAAGUCAUGCUACGAUGCUGUGCCGCCAUCUCAGAUGACCAUGUUGCCUGUUUAGCAGCGAGAUCUGAUCUACAGACAACUUUCUCUUACCAAAGGACAAGAUCGAGACAUGAAGCACUCGAAGCUCGGCCAACCGGCAACAUUGUCACCCCGCAGACUGCGAUCCAUGGUUGGCUUCCAGACCCGGGCAUAACGAAGGUGCAGAUGCUGGUUAACUAAUUCGUUUGGGAGGCAGCUCACAGUGAGCCGGAACGGUUGGAUUUAUAUAAUGAGGUAACUCGUUCAUAUACGAAAAUUCUAC